CCGGCUCUCAGCUCCAGUGACGGCAACAAAGUUUCAAUUAUAGAAGUCUUCUCAGCCAUUAUGGCUGUCAAGUGGAUUGGUGGACAUUCUUCUCCUAUUCUCUGCCUGAAUGCAAGUUCAGAAGGGCUAGUGGCUUCUGGAGCAGAGGGUGGAGAUCUCAUGGCUUGGGGUGAAGAUGGGACUCCAUUGGGACAUACACGCUUUGAAGGGGCCAAUGACGUUACCUGUGUCUUAUUCUCUCCCUCCUGCCCCACCAAGCUCUAUGCCUCGCAUGGAGAAACUAUUAGCAUACUGGAUGUCAGAUCCCUCAAAGGUUCCCUGGACCAUUUUCAUGUGAAUGAAGAAGAAAUCAAUUGCCUUUCAUUGAAUGAAACUGAAAACCUGCUGGCUUCUGCUGAUGACUCUGGAGCAAUCAAAAUCCUAGACUUGGAAAAUAAGAAAGUUAGCAGAUCGCUGAGGAGACAUUCCAACAUCUGUUCUUCUGUGGCUUUUCGGCCUCAAAGGCCUCAGAGCCUGGUGUCAUGUGGACUGGAUAUGCAGGUGAUGCUUUGCAAAGAAUACUUGGUCUUCUCAGCCAUUAUGGCUGUCAAGUGGAUUGGUGGACAUUCUUCUCCUAUUCUCUGCCUGAAUGCAAGUUCAGAAGGGCUAGUGGCUUCUGGAGCAGAGGGUGGAGAUCUCAUGGCUUGGGGUGAAGAUGGGACUCCAUUGGGACAUACACGCUUUGAAGGGGCCAAUGACGUUACCUGUGUCUUAUUCUCUCCCUCCUGCCCCACCAAGCUCUAUGCCUCGCAUGGAGAAACUAUUAGCAUACUGGAUGUCAGAUCCCUCAAAGGUUCCCUGGACCAUUUUCAUGUGAAUGAAGAAGAAAUCGCAUAUUUUAUGCUUAUUUGGCAAAGCCUAUUAGAUUUUAUUCUUUAG